UCGUCGAAGAAAGAUAUUAAGAGUUUAUUAGAUAGAAAGAACUUGUUGAACCUUUCUAGAACUUUUCAAUUUUUGUUUCUAUUUUUCGAUUUCAGCAUCCAUUUCCAGAUAUUUUUCACUCCUUAGUCAUCUGAACCAUAAUAUAAAUCUAUAAUUCGAUUUCAUCACAACAAAUACUAAAUUUCAUCUUUUUCAAAUACAAAUUUAUACAUGAAAUCAUUCUGAAAACUCAGAAUCUUCUAACCUCUCAGCCCUCACACAGCAGAUCUACACACGAUGACUAUUUCAAAACUCGAAGUCCAGACGAAUCCCGUUCACUACACCAACCCAGAGCUCACGGAACAGGAACAACUUCCAGGAACUAUUGUCCACUUGCCCUUUGGCUACGGGCCCAUGCCAGAAAGCUUGACCAACAAGAAGAUCUUCUACUUUGACAUCGAUAACUGUUUGUACCAUCGUUCAACGCUGAUCCACGAAUUGAUGCAAGUCAAAAUCCACAACUAUUUCAAAGACAACCUACAGCUCAACGACGAAGACGCCCACAAGUUGCACAUGAACUACUACAAGACCUACGGGUUGGCUAUUGAAGGUUUGGUAAGAAACCACCAGGUGGAUGCUUUGGACUACAAUGCCCAAGUUGAUGAUUCUUUAGACUUGAAAUCUGUUUUGUCGUACAAUGCUGAAUUGCGUAAAAUGUUGAUUGCUAUUAAGGCAAGUCAUCAGUUCGACUAUUUCUGGUUGGUGACGAACGCGUACAAGAACCACGCCUUGAGAGUGGUAUCGUUCUUAGGAUUGGGUGACUUGUUUGAAGGCUUGACCUUUUGUGAUUACUCUAAGUUCCCUAUCAUCUGUAAACCUAUGGCCAAGUUCUUUCAUGGUACACUUAACGUUACCAAUGUGGACUAUAAUGACGCCGAGGUCAUGAAGAAACAGUACUUUAUCGACGACAGCGAGCUUAACGCAAAGGCUGCUCACAAGUUGGGCUUUGGAAAUGUGAUCCAUUAUGUGGAAAUUGACCUGGACUACGAUAGAAUCAAAGCAAAGCCCGAUUUUGAAGAAUAUUAUGGAGCUGGCGAUAAUAGCGACAAGUCCAAAAUCAGAAUACUCCGCCACAUACUUGAAUUGCCUUCUGUCUUGUAGAUCAUAUAGAAUAAUAAACACAAUAUAG